CGUAAUUUGCUUCGGCAGAAAUCGCUCGAGGACCUGACACGUGGAGGGACCCUAGUACGACAAAAAUACGCAUUAAGUAGGACCACGAGGUCGUGCCUCACUGUAUCCACUAUCUUGAAGUAUUGAUCAUUGUGAGAGCCAUAAGGAGCGAAUACGAAAAGAAGAAGAAGAGAGAGAGAGAGAGAGAGAGAGAGAGAGAGAGAGAGCAUGGCGGCGUUGACGAAAGCUAUGGCGAUGACGUCACCGGCAACGGGGAUCCUGCUGUUGAAGGAGGAGGGAAAGAAGAGGUUGAACUUCGAUCCCAUGACGUAUAGGCACAAUACGGACCAGGUUCGUGUGAUGGGCAAGAAGACUGCGUUGCAUAGAAGGGCGGCCGCGCGCUGUGAUCUAGACGAGAAUACGGACCAGGUUCGUGUGAUGGGCAAGAAGACUCCGUUGCAAAGACGGGCGGCGGCGCGCUGUGCUCUAGACGAGAACGUAGAGCGGCAGCUUGCCGACGCUGUGAAAUUGGCUCAUGACAUGUCGUACACCUUUCAUGCCAUGUCGGCUUACUUUCGGAGAGAUGACGUGGCUCUUCCAGGGAUGGGCAAGUUUUAUCUGGAGCGGAGCGAGGAGGAAAGGCAAGAUGCAAUGGAUCUGUCGCGCUACGUUGGAGGAAGAGGAGGGAGGGUGGAGUUCUCGGGGGUCUCGGAACCGCAGAUCUCGGAGAUUGACGGUGGCAGAUGCAAGAUGCACCUGGACGUGUCCAAGGCGUCGGAUGCAGUCGAAGACAGGGAGCUACCGAGAGAUCCGGACUCGGAGGGCGGAGACGCUCUGCAGGCUAUGGCGUUGACGCUGGCGAUGGAAAAACAGCAGUACAACAUGUACCUGGACGUAUCUAAGGCGGCCGAUGCAGCGGAAGACAGCGAGCUGCAGCACUACGUGUGCGGCAGGUACUUGCAUCCCCAGGCGCAGCUGAUCAAAAAGCACUCGGAAUAUCUCUCUCAGCUCCGAAGAGUCGGCGAUGGAGAAGGAGCCUACCUCUUCGACAGAGUGCUCGGGAGCAAAGUCAAGCCAUCCGGUUAACGUCAGCAAGCUCGAAGUGAACAACCUCUCUCGCUCUCUCGCUCUCUCAACUCUCUCCUUACUAGUAGCCAAUCUCAUUG